CGGCCCCGGCCUUAGCAACGACGCUAGUAACUGUCUGGCUCCUCCCUCUGGUGUCGCCGGGAAAGCGCUCCGUCUGGUCCGUGCGCGAUCACUGCCCGGCGCGUGGCUCAGGCUCGGGCGGAGCUGGAGACGCGUGGAGCUGUUCGAGGACUCGCGGGUGUGCAGGUCUGAGUACUACUCCGAUCCGUGGCGGAGGUCCCCGCGCCUCUCUGGAGACCAGUGGUCUGGCCCCAGAGGUGCGGCCGCGGGAAGUGGACAUUCUUUGUCAGGACCCUAGCGGAGGUCGCGCUGGGUGUCGCCUGUGAGGGGGAUCCUCGGUCCCUGCGCGGUCUCUUGCUUUUUUUAGGAUCUUGCGGGCCCUUUGGGAAAAAGGUUUCCAAAUUUUUCCUCAAAAAAAAAAAAAAAAAUUAUUUUUCCUACUAAUGAUUUUCGGUGCAUUCCGCCCCAACGAAAAGUAUGUCCUGGCAAAGUCAGUUCCCUAAGAAUCCCAUACUUUAUUUUAUUUUAUUUUAUUUUUAGUAUUUGGAGUGGUUUGUGGGGGGUUGGUUAUCACGGAAGGGGAAGCGUAGUACAGACGUAGAAUUAGUGAUGCCAUGCAUUGUAUUUAAAAUAUUGAGGUUGUGGUUACAUAAUAAGCAAAAGAGCCUGUUUCUUACGUCUAAAUUAUUUAUUGGGAAUGUAGGACAAAUAAGGAAGUAUAUUAACAUUUUCAGUCGCCAGGCCCGCAAAGUUGGAUGGUAAAAUCAAUACUUUAGAUCGCAGCAUUUAAGGACUAACCCAAUGCACCAUGAAAACGAAGGCAAGACAGCCUGCUACCAUAUAGCGGGUGGUGUGGGAAGGGCCAUUGAUCCUAUAUAAAAAAGGGUACUACCUUGGAUUAUGAAAAAUGAAUGUUGGACCUGUAGGUCCUAUGUGACCAAGUUCUUAAAAAUACUCUAAAGAAAAUUUGAAGUGGUUUUUUUCUAAUACUGAAUUGGUCCACGAUAUAGGACAGGGGAGUCUGUAUAAUGUUCCAUUGGGAGGUCAGUCAGCUUACAAUAAUGGAAGAGGUAGAAGCUUUUUCUGUUAUUAUUUUGGAGAAAAAAAAAAUUGCCAGCCUGCCACUCGUGCUAGGCUGCAGAUGGCCCAUAAAGGUAGUUUGUCAGAUACUUCAGUAGCGAGAUGCUUACUGGAUGUGUUUUGCAGAAUGGUUUUGAUUUAGUUAACAAGUGUUUGUUGAGUUCCUGCUGUUGCAUAAGAAUCAGGAAUAGGUGAGCUCAGGGAAGAAAUCUGCUCUUACAGAGUUGAAUGCUGGAGGGGAUAGAUUAACUAAAGUACCUCCACAGUAAAUGCAUUUUUCCAUGUCAAAUAUGUGGAACCAAUAAUAAGUACUCAAAGAUAAAGAGGUUUAAGACAUUGCUGUGGCCCAUCUAUGAGUUAAUAAGGAACUGAAUUAGAGUCCUGACUUUGAGAGUGAAGAUAGAGGAUUAUCUACAAGGUAGAAUUGAUGCAACUUGUGCACCUAUGAUAUGUGUUUUAGAAAUAGCUGUUAAACUUUGGUUUGAAUGAAGAAUGUCUCUCAAUCCACCUAUAUUUCUCAAACGAAGUGAAGAAAAUAAUUCAAAAUUUGUGGAAACAAAACAGUCACAAACUACUUCCAUAGCUUCAGAAGAUCCCCUUCAAAACUUAUGUUUAGCAUCUCAAGAAGUUCUUCAAAAAGCUCAGCAAAGUGGAAGAUCAAAAUGUCUCAAAUGUGGUGGUUCCAGAAUGUUCUACUGCUAUACAUGUUAUGUUCCAGUUGAAAAUGUACCCAUUGAACAGAUUCCACUUGUGAAGCUUCCAUUGAAGAUUGACAUCAUUAAACAUCCAAAUGAAACAGAUGGCAAAAGUACUGCUAUACAUGCAAAACUCUUAGCACCUGAAUUUGUAAACAUUUACACGUAUCCUUGUAUUCCAGAAUAUGAAGAAAAGGACCAUGAAGUUGCACUCGUUUUUCCUGGACCUCAGUCUAUCUCAAUAAAAGAUAUUUCUUUUCAUCUGCAAAAAAGGAUUCAAAAUAAUGUUAGAGGCAAAAAUGAUGACCCUGACAAGCCAUCUUUUAAACGCAAAAGAGCUGAAGAACAAGAGUUCUGUGAUUUGAAUGACAGCAAGUGCAAAGGCACAACACUGAAAAAAAUUAUAUUUAUAGAUAGCACCUGGAACCAAACAAACAAAAUAUUCACUGAUGAGCGACUUCAAGGGUUGUUACAAGUUGAGUUGAAAACAAGAAAAACUUGCUUUUGGCGCCAUCAAAAAGGAAAGCCAGAUACUUUCCUUUCUACAAUUGAAGCCAUUUACUACUUUCUGGUAGACUACCAUACUGAUAUAUUAAAAGAGAAAUACAGAGGGCAAUAUGACAAUCUUUUAUUUUUCUAUUCUUUUAUGUACCAGUUGAUAAAGAAUGCCAAAUGCUCUGGAGAUAAGGAAACAGGAAAACUUACACAUUAGUUUUUAACAAGCCACUUAUGUCUUUUUAUUUUGCUAACAUUAAUAAACUUAUAUUUGUGCUUUGUUUUUUCUUAAGAAAUAAUCAUAUAUAAUGCCUGUAAGACCAUUUGAAAAAAUUCCAGUUUCAUAUUUCUUAAAAGGAAGGAAAUUGUAUCUAGGGGAAUUUUUCAGAGAUACUGUUGAUUGAAAAACUUACUUCAGAAGUUAUUUGCUCAGUGAAACCUCAGUUUCAUUACUACAUUUUAAUUUAGUGUUAUGUCUCUGUGAUUAGAUAUAACAUAUUCAAUUAGAUCUAAUUAGCUAUUUAUUUUAACAUCUUUAUAUCUUUUCACCUGUACUCAUGACCACCUUUAGAAGUAAAUGGGGUUGCAAUCUGCUGGCUGAAAAAUAGGUCAUAAGUGAUUUUUCUUGAGGUUAGUAGCAAACAUAGGCAGAACUAGAAUUAGAGUUCCAGUAUCUAGGGCUGUUUGUUUAAGUCCUAAGGUUGUUAAAAGCAGAGACUCUGGAGCUAGACUACCUGAAUCUAAAUCUCAGCCUUUCUGCUUAUCAGCCAUGUCAUUUUCUUCCAUUUGUACAAAGCAGGCAAUACUGAGCAACUACCUUAUAGGAAUAACUGAGUUAAUAUCUAAGGGGCUUUCAGCAGUACCUGAAAUAUAGUAAGUGUUAUAUAUAUGUUUACUCUUUUUAUUUUAUUUGGAAUUGUGAACUAAUAAUAAUUGAAGCCUAGCUGCUAGUGGCCAUCUCUGCUGCCAGGUGAAAAGAGCCUGACUUAGAAUGAAGUCAGCAAAGGAAAGCAGAGUGGAGAGAAAAAGAGAGACUGAGUCCUGAUUACAUCAUUUAUUUACCUAGACCUAGCUGCUUGUGAAUAGAGCCCUACUGUGCUGAAUAGCUUCUGUCUGCUCUUUUCUAUUCUGCUCCCUGCUCUGUGAGGUAGGUUCCUUUGCUCUCUUGCUUUUGGUUGGGUUCAACAAAUGGGAAGCACCAGUGGGAGAUGAGAAGUUGAGAGGAAAAUGAAAUGAUGUUAUUGAUUUCCCUGGCUCCUUUCCUGCCAUGUCAUCAUCAGUUGGCUGUGUUCCUCUACUAAAUAGUACCUUAUCAGGAAUCCUAUCCCAUCUGUUCCCAAGCAGUUAUCCCAGUUACCUCACUAGGUUUAGUUCCUGCUCCCUCCCUUUACCCCUUUUCACUUAGGGCUGGUAAUAGCUUACAGUUAUUACUAGCCCCAGGAUAGUUCACUACCACUUGUUGCUUUACCUAAACCCUGCUCAUACAUUUGUAAAUACUGUAGUUGUUUUAUUACACUCUUCUCAAAUGUCCCCAUUUGAAAUAGCCUUCUAUUUCUUUUGGGGACUCUGAUAAAUUCACCUGUUUGGGUGAAAUAAUAGCGCAUUUCCUGAAGUAUAUACAGUGGGACACAUGAUGUUUUAUGGGGGAAAGAGUUCUUGGUGAAAUUAGUUUGCUGUACAUUAUGUUGUUUCCCUCCCAGGGAUUCAGAAGGCAAAACAUAUUAAAGGUUCUGAAAAGUCCUGAAAUAAACAUUUUGAACUUUA